AAAUGUUAAUAAUUAUCAUUUGUCUUCAGGUUCAGAUAUUCAGAAUUUGAAGCUUUAAGUUUUCAGAGUUUUGAAUUAUUUUCAAUUUAUUUAACUUUUUUUUCAUUGAAUUAUACUCUAAAUCCAUAAACUAAUUCCGGGUGAUUGUAAUCUCGGAAAUUUUAAUUGGAAGCAAGCUAGACAUUUUCAAUAAACUUUUAUUGGCAGUUGAAAAAAUCAAUUCAUCUUACUUCAAGACUUGAACAAAGUUUAAAUUGUUGCAAGAAUUCAAAUAUUCGAGUUACAUUUAACAAUUAUAUCAUUAUGAUUUUAUUUAAACGAGUACUGUCUUUUAAAAUUAACAAACAAAAACAGUUCUUCAGAUGCUUUUGUAGCUCUGAUAAUACUUUAGAGACAAUCAAGUCUAAUCAAAUUCAAUGGCCUAAGGACUACAACAAUAUUCCAUUGGAACCCAAUGUUACUAAUUUUUCUACUAUUAGUCCAGCAUUACUCCCUACAUUUAAUCUGGCUGCAUAUGUAAAUGACUCCUAUUCAUUACAACAGUUGGUCAAACUGGGUGUAGAAAUUUACAAAUUUGACAAUAAACCUAAUGUAAUGGAAACGAUAUUGAAAUUAGAUUUUGAACGUGAUAUGAAACCGUACAUAAGAUUUAUUCAUGAUUGCGGAGUUCCUGUUGAAGAAUUGGGAAAAUUUCUCACAAAAAAUCCUAUGAUAUUUUCUGAACAUAUGGAUGAUUUAAUAACCCGAAUUAAUUAUUUAGAACAUAAAAAAUUUAAUAAAGAAAUGAUAACUACUAUAAUUCGAAAACACCCAAAAUGGUUAUCUCAAAGUACAGUUGACAUUGAUACCAGUCUUGGAUUUUUUCAAACUAACUUUUUUCUUUCUGGUGAUAAUAUCCGUAGUAUAGUUACUAAAUUACCAAAAUUGAUUACUUGGCCAAAAAAAUCGGUAAAUUUAAUAAUGUUUUCAUUGAUUGAAGAAAUGGGUUUUAAUAAAAGUGAAAGAAAAAGACUUUUACAAAUCCACCCUAGAUUAUUUACUAUGUCAAAAAAUCAUUUAUUACAACGGUUCAACUACAUACAUCAUACUAUGGACAUAAAUCACGACCGCAUUGUUCUUGAACCUCAAGUUAUGACCAGUCGUUUAUUUAGAACCAAACAGAGACAUGAAUAUCUGAAAUAUUUAAACCGAGCACAAUAUGACCCAACAAAGCCCAAUUAUGUACCACUUUCAAAAUUAGUUUCAGGAGAUGAUUCAGAAUUUUGUAUUAAUCUUGCUAAGACUAGUGUUGAAAUGUUUAAUACCUAUCUGAAGACUGUUCAAUAAUGUUACAAUUUAAUUACUCAUUUGUAAAAAUGUAUGUUUCACUAAUAUUGUGUUUUUAAUUUGUUUGUUUAUUUAUUAUUUAACAUUAGUGUACCUAUCACAGUUAUCUACAUGAGAAGAUAAUCGUGAUAUCUAUACAAUAAUGAUAAUGAAUUUAAAUAUAUUUGCAUUUACAAAUGUAUGUAUCAAUGGGUUUAUAUAUUAUAUACUUAUUGACGAUUUAUAAAUUAUAUAAAAAAUAUGUUUAUAUAUUAUAAUAUGUGUAUUAAAUAUGCAAUGGAAUUUACUAACAAUUUUGAGAAUGUUAAAUAAAAAAAAUAUUUAGUUUCAAGGGCAAAA